UACCUUUUAACGAUCGAACGCGACGGUUCUAAAAACCCUCGGUGAAUAGAAACAAGAAUUAACGAAUUUUACUACUGAAGAAAUUCAGUAAAAAAAAAAAUAAAUAGAAAAAUAAAAAUUGAAUACAAAAACAAACAAAUUUUUCAAAAUUGAAAUCGCAAAAAAUUAUUAAACGAAAUGAAAUUACUUUUCUUCGGUCUAAUUGCCGCCUACGUCGCGGUGGCCCAGGCGGGCGUAGUUAAAAACACCUGCAAGCAACCAGGUUUCUACGCUUUCGUCGAUAAUAUGCCCACAUUCUAUGGUUGCUACUUGAAUGAAGACGGCACUUACACGAUCAAAUACCUCUCCUGCUCAAAUGGUUAUGUGUUCAAUCAAAACGCCGGCACUUGUAUACCAGCCGAUUCGGUGAAUAGUACAGCGGCACCGACAAGCACUUCUACCCCAGCUACUAGUACUAGUGCAAUAAGUAGCAGCCCAACAACUACGACAGAAAGUGUUACUACUGAUAGCCCGCAACCUGAGUCCACAACCGAUGAAAGUUCCAGUACACAGACACCAGCAUCUUCAACAACAACAAGCAGUAGUGAGGCGCCCAGUGAGAGUACUACAGUUGAGAGCACACAGGCACAGGAAACAACUACCACACCUGCUUCUACACAAGAACCAAUAGUCACCCCAACCGUUGGUAGCACAACAGAAGCUUCAAGCAGCACUGAAGGACCCGAACAGAUUAGUACAACUGAAGCAUCAGUUUCCACAGAAGAACCAGCAGUCACAGAUACAACAGAGGAAGACAGCACAACGGAAGGUUCAGGUAGCACUGAAGGACCCGAAGAGAUAAGUACAACUGAAGCAUCAGUUUCCACAGAAGAACCAGCAGUCACAGAUACAACAGAGGAAGACAGCACAACUGAAGGACCCGAAGAGAUUAGUACAACUGAAGCAUCAGUUUCCACAGAAGAACCAGCAGUCACAGAUACAACAGAGGAAGACAGCACAACUGAAGGACCCGAAGAGAUUAGUACAACUGAAGCAUCAGUUUCCACAGAAGAACCAGCAGUGACGGAUACAACAGAGGAAGACAGCACAACUGAAGAAUCCGAAGAGAUUAGUACAACUGAUGCAUCAGUUUCCACAGAAGAACCAGCAGUGACAGAUACAACAGAGGAAGACAGCACAACUGAAGAACCCGAAGAGAUUAGUACAACUGAAGCAUCAGAAGACAGCACAACUGAAGGACCCGAAGAGAUUAGUACAACUGAAGCAUCGGUUUCCACAGAAGAACCAGCAGUCACAGAUACAACAGCGGAAGACAGCACAACGGAAGCUUCCGGCAGCACUGAAGGACCCGAAGAGAUUAGUACAACUGAAGCAUCAGUUUCCACAGAAGAACCAGCUGUCACAGAUACAACAGAGGAAGACAGCACAACGGAAGGUUCCGGUAGCACUGAAGGACCCGAAGAGAUUAGUACAACUGAGGCAUCAGUUUCCACAGAAGAACCAGCAGUCACAGAUACAACAGAGGAAGACAGCACAACUGAAGGACCCGAAGAGAUUAGUACAACUGAAGCAUCAGUUUCCACAGAAGAACCAGCAGUGACAGAUACAACAGAGGAAGACAGCACAACUGAAGAACCCGAAGAGAUUAGUACAACUGAAGCAUCAGUUUCCACAGAAGAACCAGAAGUGACAGAUACAACAGAGGAAGACAGCACAACUGAAGAACCCGAAGAGAUAAGUACAACUGAAGCAUCAGUUUCCACAGAAGAACCAGCAGUGACAGAUACAACAGAGGAAGACAGCACAACUGAAGAACCCGAAGAGAUUAGUACAACUGAAGCAUCAGCUUCCACAGAAGAACCAGCAGUCACAGAUACAACAGAGGAAGACAGUACAACGGAAGGUUCAAGUAGCACUGAUGGAACCGCGACGUCGGAUACUGAUGCACCAGAUACUAGCACUCAAACAGAUGUCACCGAAGAGAGCACUACUCAAUCAUCAGAAGUAACUGAGACUGAUGCAACUGAAAUUACUGAAACGGAUACCACAGAAAGGAGCACUCAACCAGAGGUGCCCGAAGUAAGCUCUACUCCGUCGCCAGAGGGUGAGUCAACAACUGAGACAGCUGAAACAGAAGUCACAGAAAGUAGUGCUGGGACAGAAGCUAGCACUGUAACAGGUGAGAUAGAUGAUACUAGGACCAAUCCAACAGUACCUACUACAGCUCCCGAAUCAAGUACUACUCCAGUUGCGGAAACAUCCGGUCAGCCCGAAGUUUCCACUGAAAUUAAUACAGAUGGGCCCACAGUCGAUCCUGAACCAAGUAAGCCAACAACCAGUGAAUCACCCGUUAUCACAACCGAACAAGUGACGACUGCUGCAACAGAAAAACCCGUAAGCACCGAGAGCACUGAAGCGCCGCAAACGUCUGCACUGCCACCAAGCAGCACAGAUGCACCAACUUCCACUACUGAGUCAUCAUCGACUACCGAUAAAUCAACAACGAGCACAUCAAAGCCUUCUCAAGAAUUCGCAUGCCCUUACGAAGGUUUCUUUGCCAGCAAACAUGCUUGUAAUAGAUUCACCUAUUGUGCCAAGAAUUUCGGUAAGGUGAAGAAAUAUGAUCUGAAGUGUCCGCGCGGACAAAAGUUCAAUAAGAACUCACUCUAUUGUGAUCCCGACUUCGAUUGCGAUGAAAGUAGCGAAAGUGAAGAAGACUUACCUGUAGUCGAGCACCGUAAGUCAUUCACCUGCUUGGUGGAGGGCACCUUCGCGCACAAGUCCGAUUGUAACAAAUACUAUACGUGUGAUUGGGAUAAGAAACGUCGUGUCUUUGUGCAAAUACCCAGUGUGUGUUCGGAGGAUGAGGUCUUCCGCCUAGAGACGGGUGCCUGUGGACGCGAACGUCGACUCACUUGUUUCCUACGACCAAAUAAUUCUAAAUACUUUGGACGGCACUAAGCUAAAGCGACGUGUGUGAUCUCUCCAUCCUCUGUAUAUAUAAUAUGUAUCCAUGUAUGAGUCUAUUUACAUUUAAUUUGUAUAAUAAAAUGGCAUAUUUAAUUAAUCUAAGUUCUUUAUGUUACACAAAUAUAAGACUAAACAAAAUUAUUUAUAAGAGAAAAAAUUACCAA